AAAAGCGGCCGGCUUGGAGCGGGCCACGACAUUUGGGAGCAGGAUGGCAGGAGGGAUGAGGCGCUGGUACCUGAGAGACGCCAGCCCACCGGUGCUGAUGCUGCUGGCGGUGGUCCUGGCGUUGUGCAGACCCUCGCUGCAAGGAGGUGUGAUACCCGCUGGUGUUGGAGGAGCAGCUGGAACUGGCACUGGUGCUGGAACUGGGUACGGUUCAGCUGGAGCAGGAACUGGAUUCAGACAAGGUGGGGCAGGCACAGGAUUUGGUCCUGCUGGUGGAGGCUUUGGUCAAGGAGGAGCAGGAGGUGGCUUUGUUGGUCAAGGUCCAGGAGGAUUCCAGCCUGGCACCUACGGUCCAGGCAGUGGUGGAGUGGGAGGUUAUGGAGCUGGUGUAAAGCCUCCAAAAACAGGUGGCGGCUAUGCUGGCCAAGGAGGAGUCAAUGGAGGCUUUGGACCAGGACAGGCAACCGGGGGUAGAGGUUUGGGUGCAGGUGGACUUGGAUUAGGCGGUCUUGGAAGUUAUGGAACUGGGCCCGGGGGAGCCUCUGCUGCUGGUUUGGGUCCAGGAAGUCAAGGGGGUGUGGUUGGAUCACAAGGUGCCAGUCAAGGGACCGGAGGAGGCCUCGUACCUGGAGGUGGCUUUGGUGGAAGUUAUGGCCAAGGCGGCAGUGUCCAGUACCCAGGACUUGGUGGAACUGGACCCAAACCUCCUAAAUCAGGUUACACCCCAGGGGGAACAGGAUUCGGACCUGGUGGUGCAGGGGUUGCACCAGGAGGUGCUGGAUUUGGGCCUGGAGGUGCUGGAUUUGGACCUGGAGGUGCAGGAGUUGGGCCUGGUGGUGCAGGAUUUGGGCCUGGAAGUGCCGGCGUAGGGCCUGGUGGUGCAGGAUUUGGGCCUGGAGGUGCCGGCGUAGGGCCUGGGGGUGCAGGGGCAGGGCCUGGCACUGCAGGUUUUGGGCCUGGGGGUGCAGGGUAUGGGCCAGGAGGUGCAGGGGUUGGACCUGGCACUGCAGGUUUUGGACCUGGAGGUGCAGGGUAUGGGCCAGGAGGUGCAGGGUUUGGACCUGGCACUGCAGGUUUUGGGCCUGGGGGUGCAGGGUUCGGGCCAGGCGGCGCAGGAUUUGUACCAGGGGGAGCAGGGCUUGUGCCAGGAGGUGCAGGAGUUGGCUCAAGUGGGAAGAGUGGGAGCAAAGCAUCAAAACAACUUCCAGGUGUAGGGGUUCCUGGACUAUACCAAGGUGGUUUUGUACCAAGUCAAGAUUUUUUAAGCCGAGGUGUUGUCCCUGGAGUGGCAACAGGAAAUGGACUUGGGCCGCAGACAGGUGGCGGGGUACUCGGCCAAGGUGCAGACAAUGGUCGAGGACAGCAGCUGCCAGGUGUUUUUCGUGGGUACCCUCUCAUAUCACCCAAGUCAGGAGUAGGCAAGUCAAAAAGUCCAGCCAAAGCAGCAGCCAAGUAUGGUGGAGUUGGAGCAGGUGCCCUUGGUCAAGGUGGUGCUGGAAUACCUGCAGGAGGGGUCGGUCUCCCUGGUUUUGGAGGCGGAGCUGGAGCAAUAGGUGGACCUGGAGCUGUUCCUGGAUAUGGAGGAGGAGUUGGAAUAGGUGGCGGACCAGGAGCUGUUCCUGGAUAUGGGGGUGGAACUGGAACAACAGGGGGAGCUGGAGCUGUUCCUGGAUAUGGCGGCAGAGCUGGAACAGGUUAUGGUCCUGGGUCAGCCAAAGCGCUCAAAUAUGGGCAGUCUGGUGGUGUCGGCACUGGUGCAACCGGAGGCCUUGGUGGACCAGGAGGAAGGGGUGGUGCUGGAUAUGGUCCAGGUGGUGCGGGCACUGGGACAGGUGGUGCGGGCACUGGGACAGGUGGUGCUGGAUAUGGUCCAGGUGGUGCGGGCACUGGGACAGGUGGUACUGGAUAUGGCCCCGGUGCUGCUGGAACUGGGUUCGGUGGUGUUGGCAGUGGACCUGUUGGAGGAGGUUAUGGGCCAGGUAGUACCGGUACAGGACCAGGAAGAGCUGCACCGGUACUAGGAGGAACAGGAUCUGGGGGAUACAAUGCCGAUGCCAAAGCCCGUAAAUAUGGUAUGAUGAGUGGAAGACUGGGGAGUCAAGGUAUAGGUACUGGGGGUGUUGGACCUGCUGGUGCUGGCACAGGCUACGGACCAGGAGGAGUCAGACCUGGUGGUGUUGGUACAGGGUUUGGACCUAGUGGUACUGCAGCAGGGUUUGGCCCAGCAGCAUCUGGUGGCGCAGGUGGAUUUACUGGACCUGGGGGAGCUGGUACAGGUUUUGUACCUGGAAGAGGUGGUGUGAGUACUGGCUACGGACCAGGGGCAGGAGUUGGGCCUGGAGGUACUGGAUAUGGACCAGGAGGUUAUGCAGGUGCCAAAGCCAACAAAUAUGGUGUAGGAGGACUUGGUGUUGGAAGUGGACCAAGUUCUGGACAAGGGGGUGGAGCGGGUGCAAGACAAGGGGCAGGUGGACUGCCUGGUUCUGGUGUUGGAACCAGUGGAGGACCUGCUGGUUUUGGACAGGGUGGUGCCGGAGGUGGAACCGGGUAUGGACAAGGUGGUUACAACACUGGAGUCGCCCCUGGAACAGGCUUUGGGCCAGGUGGGGGUUACGGUGCAGGGACAGGAACUGGAUAUGGACCAGGAUAUGGCGCUGGCUCAAAAGCUGCCAAAUAUGGACAAGGUGGACUCGGUGGCGGACAAGGUGGACUUGGCGGUGGAGCAAUCGGAGGCGGAGCCGGACAAGGUGGACUCGGCGGUGGGACAAUCGGAGGCGGAGCUGGCCAAGGUGGACUCGGUGGUGGGGUACUCGGAGGCGGAGCCGGACAAGGUGGACUCGGCGGUGGGGUACUCGGAGGCGGAGCCGGACAAGGUGGACUCGGUGGUGGGGUACUCGGAGGCGGAGCCGGACAAGGUGGACUCGGCGGUGGGGUACUCGGAGGAGGAGCCGGACAAGGUGCACUCGGUGGUGGGGUACUAGGAGGCGGAGCCGGACAAGGUGGACUCGGCGGUGGGGCAAUCGGAGGCGGAGGCGGCCAAGGUGGACUCGGUGGUGGAGGACUCAGAGGCGGAGCCGGACAAGGUUUCGGAACACCUGGAUCCAAAGCAGACAAAUAUGGUCUACCAGGUGGAGUGCAACCAGGUCCAGGAAGAGGCACCGGCGCUCCAGUCAAUGGCACUAGAGUGUACAUGAACGGAACCAAUACUGGUGGUGCUACUCGUGCAACAACUGGACCCGGUGGGCGAGGAACUACACAAGGGACACUGGCUCCACUUCCAGAAGGUGGGACUCGCACUGACGUGGGAAGAGAUGGAAGAGAAUUUGAUGGAGGUGAGGGUGGUCCGGGCAGUGUGAUAGAAGGUUCUGGCAUUGCUGCAGGAGAAGGGGUCGGUGGCAGACCAUUUGGUGCAGGAGUGGAUGGAGAUGGUCUAGGAGGAACAAGAAUUCCCAUCCUUGGAGGAAGACCAGGUCUUGGUGGGACUCCUCUUCCAGGAUCCACAGGAGCGGCACCAGGUGGGGGAGGAGCUGUCCAACCAACCGGCACAAGUGAGGUCCUACCUGGAGCCAAACCUCUCAAACCACCAGGAGUCCCAAGAGGCGAUACCCCUGGCGAAGGAGAGGGAGAAGCUCGUCCUGAUACAGGGACAGAUGGUCGACGUUGGACAGGAGGAACCAGUGCAGGACCAGUAGGAGGAAGUGGAAUUGGAUUUGGACCAGGAGGCACAUCAAUAGCAGUUGGGGCAACACAAAAACCAUCUAAAGCAUACAAUCCAGACGGGACCAAAGUUGGAGCAUUACCUAAUGGAGGAGGAGGUGCCACCCAGGUAGUUAGAGGAGGUCCAGGAGGAGCUGGGAGCGGACCUGGUGUAUUUGGAGGCGGUCCAGGAGGAGCUGGUAGUGGACCUGGUGUAUUUGGAGGAGGUCCAGGAGGAGCUGGGAGCGGACCUGGUGUAUUUGGAGGAGGUCCAGGAGGAGUUGGAAUCGGAACUGGUGUAGUUGGAGGAGGUCCAGGAGGAGUUGGGACCGGUAUUGGUGGACUCGGAGGAGUUGGGGCCGGCACUGGCGGAGUAGGAACCGGUCUUACAAAGCCUGGAAAAAGUUAUGGUGCUGGUGGAGCUGGGGCUUUACCAGGUGGAGGUCUACGGUACCCAAAUGGAGCUGGUGUAGGACUCGGAGGAAAACCAGGCAAAACAUAUGGAAAUUUCGGACCAGGAGGCCAGGGUGGGGUUGGGCCUGGUGCCUAUGGUGGACCUGGAGGUGGUUAUGGUCCAGGAGGAACUGGGACAGGGACUGGUGGAGCCGGAGGAGGUCCCGGAGGAUUUGGGACUGGACUUGGUGGAACUGGAGGGGGGGCAGGUGGAGUUGGGAGCAGGACUGGCACGUUUGGACCUGUUCCAGGAGUUACGCCUGGUGGAGUAGAUACAGGUCUCGCAAAACCUGGAAAAAGUUAUGGUGCCGGUGGAGCUGGAGUUUUUCUAGGUGGAGGUCUACGUUUCCCGACUGGAGCUGGAAGUCAAGUGGGGGUUGGGCCUGGUGGCUAUGGUGGUACCGGAGGUGGUGGUGUCGGUCCAGGAGGAGUUGGGACAGGAUCAGGUGUAUAUGGCGGAGGACAAGGUGCUGUUGGCAGAGGUCCAGGAGGUGUCGGAACGAGUCAAGGUGGCAUGGUGCCUGGAUCAGGUCUCACAAAACCUGGAAAAAGUUAUGGUGCUGGUGGAGCUGGAAAUUUGCCAGGUGGAGGAUAUGGAACAUUCGGAGCAGGAGGCCAAGGUGGCCUUGGAGCUGGUGGCUAUGGUGGUCCUGGGAGUGCUGGUACCGGUCUUGGAAACUAUGGUACAGGGCUUGGACGUUAUGGCACAGGCCCCGGAGGUUAUGGUGCUGGGCUCGGCACUUAUGGUGGUGGACCUGGGGCCUAUGCUGCCAAGACAGGAGGCAGAGGUGUGGGUAGUAAUAUCGGUGGAACUGGAAAUCUUGGAGCAGGAGCUGCUGGAGCGGGUCCUGGAGGUUUGGGAGGAGGACCAGGUUAUGGUGCUGGUGGACUGGGGGGAUAUGGUGGUUCAAGGUAUAGUCCUGGAAAACCAUCAAAAAGCUAUGGGGCAGGAGCUGGUGGAAAUAGAGUUGGGCCUGCCGGCUAUGGAACUGGAGCAGUUGGAGCCGGUUCUGGUCCAGGAAGUUUCGGAACAGGUGGUAUGGGGCCUGGAUCUUAUGGGCCUGGCUAUGCGGGAGCAGGAUUGGGCGGUGCUGGAAAUGGAGCAGGUGGCUAUGGACCAGGUGGUGGUGCCACAGGAGCUGGGGGAGCAAGAUUGGGCGCUGCUGGAAAUGGAGCAGGUGGCUAUGGACCAGGUGGUGGUGCCACAGGAGCUGGGAGCUAUGGAACAGGUGGAGCAGGAUUCGACAUGAGGAAGCCGCCUAAAUCUGGAUAUGGUUCAUCAUCACUUGGAGGAGCAGGCUAUGGCACUGGUGGCUUUGGACCAGGCGGUGCUGGUACAGGUGGAUUUGGACCAGGUGGUGGCAUCAGACCCAAUGGUGCUGGCAUAGGAACAGGUGGCUAUGGACCAAGUGCCGCUGGCACGGGAACCGGUGGCUUCGCACCUGGUGGUGGUUUCAGACCAGGUGGUUCCAGCACAGGAGGCUUUAUGGCUGGGAAUACCGGCCCAGGAACAGGUGGCUUUGGACCUGGUGGUGGCUUCAGACCAGGUGGUGCAGGCACUGGAACAGGUGGACUGGUGCCAAGUGGUGCUACCAAGGGCACAGGAGGCUUCCCGCCACGUGCUGCUGGCAUGGGAAUUGGUGGAUAUGGGCCAGGAGCUACUGGAGCAGGCGGCUUCGGUCCAGGUGGUGCAGGCGCAGGCACAGGUAAUUAUGGACCUGGUGUUCCCAGCGCAGGAGGAGGUGGCUUCGGCCCAGGUGGUGCCAGUGCAGGUGGUUUUGGAACAGGUGGCCAACAAUUUGGCACAAGAAAAAUGCAGAAACCAGGAGGUGCUAUUUCCAAUGGAUUUGGACCAGGCAGCUAUGGCCCAGGGGGAUAUGGUCCUGGGGGAACUGGGACGGGCUCUUAUGGAGGUCAAGCAGGGGGUGCUACCAACGGCUUUGGUGGAACAGCUCCUGGAGCCUAUCCCGGAUACAUGGGAGCUGCACAAAAAUCCAGCGCGCAGAAGGCAGCCAAGUACGCCGCCAUGCAGAACCUGCUGGGAGCCGGCGCCUACAGAGGUGGCGGCUGUCAGGGCAAAUACUGCGGCCGAAGGAGGAAGUGAGAGCGCAGACCAGGAUGUGACCUCAUUGCUAAAACAGCGGUGCUACUUUGACCCCAGACCAAACACGUCCUACCUUCCGUCGGAGCUUCGGCAACAUCCCGCUGACGUCAGCAGCUCGCUGUAGUCGUCAGGAUUCCCUCGAGACAAACCGAAAUAUUCAUUUAAGCCAAAAGCGUUGCACUCAAAAAAAACUUUUUCAGUUCGGAUGCUGCUGAGAACCUCCGCCAAGGAAAGGUCUCGCACCUUGGAGGAGGUCAUCAUGUGCUAAAGACCCAGCCCACCUCUAACACUGCUGAUGAGGAAUAACACACACCAAAUGUGAGCCGAAUUAUUUAUCAAAUGUGAGGUCCUCACAAAUAAACCCAAACUGUGAGGUCACAAUAUGCCACACGAACAUCCGAGGAACCUCCUUUAGACACCAUGAGAGAGUUUGUGUAUGUGUGUGUGUUGGUGUGCGCAUGUGUGUGUGUGUGUUUCCAGUGCGCGAGUAUUAGUCCUAAGUUAUAGUGACAAAGAGCAGAAGAAAACGAGCUUCUUAGCAAUUUAGCCAAGUGUUACAUUCAAAUAUCAUUUUGGAAAAUCUGCUUACCACAAUGCUGGUGAAGGUUGCGAUUUGAUUUUGCAUUUGGAGAUGUCAAUGAAUGAAUCCCAAAGUCACUUUGGUUUUGUUGAAACAUUUUCAGUGGGAACAAAAUGGAGCACUUUUGUACACGCCGCUUUUCAAAUAAAAUAUCAACUCAUGACCUUA